AAGGCCAACGAAGGAGGGAUGGAGAAAGAGAUAGGCGCUUCCUGUAUCCUUCUCCUCCUUCUCCUUGCAGCCCUUUUUUUGGAGAGAUGGUGAGGCUUUCCAAUCUCUUUGGCUUGCUGAGGCCCUCCUUGGUUGGCCCUGAGAAACCCCAAAAGAGAGAAAACUUUCUCCCACCGGUAUGGAAAUGAAGGCAACAUCUGCAUUAUCAUUCGGCCUGGCAUGUCCUUCAUUAUAUUACUCAUCAUCCCCACUUUCAGAGUCUAGUAGCAUGUUUUGACCACUAUUCCGCAUGACUGAGUCACUUACAGUGGUUCUUCAGUUAUCUCUUCAAACAAUUUGGUUAAAAUUCACCAAGUGAACCAGGUAAUCUGCUUCAUCAAGGUAAAACUAUGUCCAGAGAAGGUGGUGGAGUGGCCACCCUGGACCACCAUUUCUUCACUCACGGAUUUUCUGCAGGCAUUACAAUGGAAGAGGCAGAAGGGCUAACUUUGGCAUAUGGAGAUUGGGGAGCUGACAAGAAGAGAUACCAUUUUGUCCCAGUUGGGUUUCCAAAGCGGCUGCCACCACAAGUGAAGCAAGAGCCGGAGGAAGACUUGGCCCAACUUUGGGAAGUCCAGUGGCAAGAGUUUCUGAGGGCGCUACAACCCUCUCAGGUAGGCUGGGAAGAUCCCAAACUCUGGGUUGAGAGGACAAGUGGGGAAUUAUCUCUGGGCUCCUUCGAAGGAGAAAUCAGCAAGUGGCUUUCAACAAAGGAGGAGCCCAUGAUGUUGCCAAGCAUCAACGGAGCAGCUGUAAAUAAUCUGGAUAUGAGAGAUGGCGAGGAUUAUGAAACGAUGGAGGGAGAUGUUCGAGCCAAAGAGGACAUUGGGGCCGAGAUCCAGCGCAAACGGUUCCGGGAUUUCCACUACCGGGAGACGGAGGGGCCUCGUUGGGUUUGUGGUCGACUCCAGGAACUCUGCCAGCGGUGGCUGAAGCCAGAGAAGUCAAGCAAGGAGCAGAUCCUGGAGAUGUUGAUUCUGGAGCAGUUCUUGACCAUUUUGCCUCAGGAAAUGCAAAGUUGGGUUAAGGAAGGCAGGCCGGAGACUCCUGCCCAUGCGGUGGCCCUGGCGGAGGAAUUUCUGCAGAGCCAAGAAGAAUCCAAAGGGUGGAAACAACAGGUCCUUURUGAGAUGCCUUCUGAGACAGAAAAAGAGGAAUCUMCCAGGGSUUUCCUGUCCUCAUUUGAUAURAAGCCAAGACAGCCACUGUGCAAAGGGAUGGAGGAGGAGAAGAGGGACAAGGAAGAUGGUGGUCACCUUGUUAGUGGAAUGACGCCUGCCAUGGAUUCUGCAUCAUCUCUUCUCAAGGCUGUACCUGCGCAAACUCAGGGACAGGUGACCUUUGAGGAAGUGGCGGUGCAUUUCUCCGAGGCAGAGCAAGCCCUCCUGGAUGAAGACCAAAGCUCCUUGUAUACCGAAGUCAUGCAAGAAAAUUACAGAAACAUCACCGCUUUGGGCUUUCCUAUGCCCAAACCAGAAUUAAUAUCCUGCCUGGAAGGAAGAAGAGAGCCAUCCAUCCUGGAUGCUGAAAAAACAGGAAAAGAGGAGAGUGCAGAUGUUGCAGCUACAAGUGAGGUUAAAGAGGAAAGCUUACUACAGGAGGAAGAUCCGGGACUGGAAGGGAACCAUGAAAUGAUCCCAUUGGGAUCCCAGGAGGGGAUCUGCUUGACAACUCAGGAUUCUGAGAGUGAUAGCAUACCCGGGGAAAAUGGGACAUGCAGAACACAUCCAAAAAUCUCUUCUGAGUCAUCACAAUCAGAUGGAACAUUACUGGAAGGUUUUCAAGAGAGCAUUUCCAUGAAGCCUGAGCUCUUUGAUCAGGGCUACGAGUCUGACCGACAGCCAUGGCAGCAUACUGUGAAGCUGUGGGGCAUAUCCAUCCAGAAAGUGGAAGAUGUUGUGUCAGAUAACACUGGCAUCAUUCAGGUGGGAGAGGAGCAUCACAUGUGUCGCAAAUGUGGACAGGCAUUUGAGCACCAAUCAGGACUUAUUGUGCACCAGAUGAUCCAUACGGCAGAGAGGCCCUAUGAAUGCCUCGAGUGCGGGAAAAGCUUUUGCCAGAGGGAGAACCUUCUCGCACACCAAAGGAUCCACUUGGGGGAGAGGCCUUACGAGUGCCUUCAGUGUGGGAAGCACUUCAGCACCCGCUCCCACCUCAUCACUCACCAGAGAAUCCACACGGGUGAGAAGCCGUACAAAUGCCUUCACUGUGCCAAAAGUUUCAGCAACAAGUCCUCACUCAUCACGCACCAGAGAAUCCACACCGGAGAGAAGCCGUACACGUGUCUGCAGUGUGGGAAGAGCUUUUGCCAGAGUGGGCAGCUGAUUCGGCACAAGAGGAUCCACACCGGAGAGAAACCAUACGCGUGCCCGCAGUGCGGGAAAUGUUUCUGCCAAAGAGGACAGUUGAUUCGACACCAGCGGAUGCACACGGGGGAAAAGCCAUACGAAUGCCUUCUGUGCGGAAAGAACUUCAGCAGGAAAUCAUAUCUUGACAUUCACCUGCGAAUGCAUUCGGGAGAGAAGCCGUACAAGUGUUCCGAAUGUGGGAAAAGUUUCUGCCAGAGCUCUCAGUUGAUUCGGCACCAGAGAAUCCACACUGGAGAGAAGGGCUUUAGGUGUUCCAAGUGUGGCAAAAACUUCUAUCAGAAAGAAACACUGGUAAGGCAUCAGGGAACCCAUGGGGAAUCGAUACCCUACGAAUGCUCUGAAUGUAGAAAGGCCUUCCUAUGGAAAGAUAAGCUCGUACGGCACCAGAAAACCCACACAAGGCUUGAAACAGGUUGGUGGUGGUUUCUUGUAUUUUUGUGUUCCAAUACAGGCGAGGAUGGGGAAGAUGCUCGGAAGAGAACGCAAGUAACAAAGAUACACUGCAAGGGAUUACCUACGGCACAUCUCCAAUCUGGGCAAGGAACGAGAAGGAUGUCGUUGGUUCAAUAUGAAUGGUCUGCUUCGCGUCCGAAAAGAAAAAAGAACGCAUCCGUCUAUAUACAGAUGGUAUCCUUCGAAGAGGUGGCCGUUUACUUCUCCAAAGCAGAAUGGGCGCUCCUCAACCUCUACCAAAGAGCCAUCUACAGGGAGGUCAUGAUGGAGAAUUAUGGGAACGUGGUCUCCUUGGAGAUGGGAAUGAUGCUGCCACUGGUCCAGUCAGGACUGCCUCCUUUGCAUCCAACCCGGCAGAGGAACACAGAGCAUCCCACUCAGCUGAAGCCGGUGAACUUCGAAGACGUGGCCAUGUGUUUCACAGAAGCUGAAUGGGCCCUUCUGGAUCAAAACCAAAGAGCCUUCUAUAGGGAGGUCAUGAUGGAGAAUUACGGGAACAUGGCCUACUUAGUCCUGGAGUUUCAUCUGGCUUUUCGGAAGGAGGAAGAAGAAGACCUAUGGCAGCCCUUCUUUCAAGACUCAGAUGGAUCAGGAAUAGCUGAUUCAGGCAGCCACUCAGGAAAUGUCAGGAGAACACAGGUUUGUCCAGAGUGUGGCCGGUGUUUUGCCCUAAAAUUGACUCUUGCGCGACAUCAGAGGGCCCACACAAGAAAGAAACCAUGGGAAAUCACAGAAAACGGAGAAUACCUUGGCCAACGUUUGGAAAAUGCGAACUCUCAGACCACUCUGAGGGAAAAGACACCUUAUCAGUGCUCAGAUUGUGGGGAGUCAUUUGUGGAUCAACCUAGCCUUCUGAGUCACCAAAAAGCCCAUGCUGUGAAGAAUAUAUAUACAUGUACGGAAUGUGGGAAAUACUUUGCUACGAAUGCAGAGCUUCUGAGACACUGGAAAAUUCAUGUGGAAGCCAAACCCUUUAAAUGCUUAGAGUGUGGGAAACAAUUUGCUAUGAAUUCAUCGUUGGCAUGUCAUAACAGAGUCCAUAAAAAGGAAAAACCCCAUAAGUGCCCCGAGUGCGGGAAGUGUUUUCUCCACAGAACGAAACUUCAGCGGCAUCAGCGAAUCCACACAGGUGAAAAGCCCUACGAAUGCUUCAAGUGUGGAAAACGUUUUUCGGAGAAAUCCAUUCUGUUAAGGCAUCACGCCAUUCACAAUACAGAGCGGCCUCAUAAGUGCAUGGAAUGUGGGAAGUGCUUUGCUAUACCAACCCAACUUGUGAUUCACGAGAGGAUCCACACGCAAAAAAGUUUGUACAAAUGUAUCGAAUGCGGGCGAUGCUUCUCCCAAAAGCAGCAUCUUCAUCGUCACCAAAAAGUCCACACAGGAGAGAAACCCUACAAAUGCUCAGAGUGUGGGAAAUGUUUCUCCGAGAAAUCCCAUGUCACCAUCCACCAGAGAACCCACACAGGAGAGAGGCCCUACAAAUGUGCGGAGUGUGGGAAAUGUUUUCCCCAAAACUCGCACCUCCGUAUACACAUGAGAGUCCAUGCUGUAGAGAAACCCUACAAAUGCUUGGAGUGUGGGAAAUGUUUUCUCAAGAAAGCCUAUCUUAAUCGACACCAGAAAGUCCACACAGGAGAGAAAGCCCAUAAAUGCCUGGAGUGUGGGAAAUAUUUUUCCCAGAUUGCUAACCUUCACAAACACCAAACAAUCCACACAAGAAAGAAAAUAUAUCAGUGCUCGGAGUGCGGGGAAUGUUUUGGUCAUCAGUCGGCGGUUGUGACGCACCAGAGCGUGCAUGCCGGAGUGAGGAUGUUCAAAUGCACAGAGUGUGGGAAAGGUUUCGUGGAGAAAUCCAACCUUGAAAAACAUCAGAAAGUGCACUUGGAAGAGAAACCGCAUGAAUGCUCAAAUGGCGAGACACCGUGUACUCACCAAUCCGACCUUGGGAGCCAUCAAAAGAGGAACUUAAGAAAGAGACCCCAUGUUUGCUUAGAGUGCGGAAAAUGUUUUCCUCGGAAACAAAAUCUUGAAGUGCACCAAAGUAUCCACACGGGAGAAAAACCUCAUAAGUGCUCAGAGUGUGACAAAUGCUUUUCUCAUAUCUCACAGCUUCGUAAACACCAGGGAGUCCACACAGAAGAGAAACACCAUAAAUGUUCAGAGUGCGGCAAAUCUUUCCGCGAGAAAUCCUACCUUCAUAUACACCAGCGGCUCCACACGGGAGAGAAACCUCACGAAUGCUCGGAAUGCGGCAAAUCCUUCCGUGACAAAUCCUAUCUUCGUGUACACCAGAGACGCCACACAGGCGAGAAACCCCAUCGGUGCCUGGAGUGCGGGAAGUGUUUUCUUCUGAAAUCGAGCCUUGACGAACACUGGAAAACCCACAUGGGAGAGGAACCCAGCAAAUGCUUGGAGUGCGGGAAAACGUUUUCCAAGAAGUCGCUGCUUCGUCGUCACCAGACAGUCCACACUGGAGAGAAACCACAUCAGUGCCUGGAGUGUGGGAAGUGUUUCCGCGAGAAAUCCUAUCUCCAUAUACAUGAGAGGGUCCACACAGGAGAGAAACCACACCAGUGUUCGGAAUGUGGGAAAUCCUUUUUCAUGAAAUCAUACCUCCAUGUGCACCAGAGGGUCCACACGGGGGAGAAACCCUAUCAGUGCUUGGAGUGUAGCAAAUGCUUUUCCCAAAAAUCGAGUCUUGUGACCCACCAGAGAGUCCACAUUAAGCAAGACUCCAUAAACACUUGGAGUGUGAGCAGUCUGUAUCCACAGAAUGAAGACUUGAUAGAAAUUGGAGAGUCCAUGGAGGAGGAGAACCAGGCUAAGGACUGGUGUGUGGAAAAGGAUUCCCCCAGCAACUACUGCUUAGUAGACACCAGCGAAUCCACACACGAAGAAAACCCCAGAAAUGCUUGGGGUGUGGCAAAUAUUUACUUUGGAAACCGUACUUUUGUGUGCAACGUAGAGUCAACACCAAAAAAAUCUCAAUGAAUGUCUGGAUUAUGGGAAUUCUUGACAAGCAUUGAAGACACCACUCAAGAGGAAAAUUCUGUUUUACAUAUUUGUACACCACUUUUCGACCUGAAAAAGACGGUGAAGGCAGAAGUGUAGAAAAUGUUUUUCUCUGAAAAGGAAAGGAAAAAUCCAUUUAAAUGCUUAGAGUGUGGCGGAUGAUUUUGCCUCAUCUCAAGCUUUGUACAGUAUUUGAAACUCCAAACAAAGUAUUGUCCUAGAUUGUGGACAAUGUUUUAUUUUGAAAUCAAGCCUUAAUGAACAUUGAAGAGGAGGCCACCGUGUUACAAUUCUAUAUAAGAAGGUGGUUUUAUGCUGUUGGUUGGCACAUUUAUAAUCUACCUUGGAACUCUUCGGAUCAAGGGUAGGCUAAUACACUGGAAACCAACCAAACCGAUCUCUCUCGGAAGCAAGUUCCUCAAUGCGACCAAAUCUGCAGAUGAGAGAAACCAUGAUUUAAGCUGUGAAUCAUUAGAUGGAGGCUACAGACAUCGCGUAGUUUAGGCUGUAUGUCUCCUUUUUCCGGAAAUCUGAAGGUCUGUGAAACUGAAACAUUUGCUGCUGCUGCCAAUUCUGCCUUUGAGGAAAGGGGGCUAGCUACACACCCAAUGCUGGCUGAAUUGUCCUCAAAGAGCUCUCACUCCACAGUAUUUUAAAAAAAUUGAGGGAAGAAAGGGAAGACUCCAGGUCCUGCAGCUUGACUUACACAACGGCCCCUGUGAAAAUCAGAUGUCAGGGAGGGAUACGUUCAAAAAUAUCUGCCUACCGCAGGCUCAGGGAAUGUUGGAAAGCUCCAGCUUCCCAUCCAAUCUGCACUGAGCUUUCCCUUCAUGCUCUUUUUCUGGGACUCCUGACCAGCCACACGCCACCAGUGGCUCUUCAGAAGGGCAAGAUAGUGUGAGAUUUCUGGGAAGCCAGAGAGUGUGAAUCACGCUGGAGGACCUAAAAAUUGCCAGAAGUAUUUGCUCUAAAAGUAUUCGCUCUAGGUCCUCCUGUGCAGCGCUUUGGUCAACAUCUACAGGAAGUCUCCUUUUCUCUGGAAAUCUGAAAGAUUGCAGAAACAGAAACUUUUUCUGCUGCUACUACUUCUGCUUUUGAGGAAAGGGGGCUAGCUACACGUCCAGCACCAACGGAAUUUGUCUUAAUGAACUUGUGCUCCUCUAUUGUCUGAAUUUUGACAGGGGGAAAGGAAAGAGAAGGAAAGUCCAAAUACAUCCAACAGUUGCAGGUUCGGGACAUGUUGGAAAGCUCCAAAUGCCUGGACUUGCUAAACUUCCAGCUGUAUGCCUCUCUUGAUCAGCUGAAUAGAGAAGAUGAUAUAGGUUGUUGUGAGUUUUCCAGGCUGUAUGGCCAUGUUCCAGAAGCAUUCUCUCCUGAUGUUUUGCCUGUAUCUAUGGCAGGCAUCUAUGGCAAGUUGUGAGGUCUGUUGGAAACGAGGAAAAUGGGGGUUAUAAAUAAAGAACACUCAGAAAACAGGGGAAUUCCAGGCAUGAAACAAUCAGGGCCAGUUAAUCACCUCCCAACAAAGGAUUUGCCCAGGCAGUAAGAAGCCAGACCAUGAAAUUGCUAGGACAAUAAAUGCUAAUCAAGAUGACCAAUUGCAACAUCCACACCUACCUCAAACAGACAAGAGUUCUUUCUCCCACCCUGAACAUUAUUCCACAGGUAUAUGGACCCCAUUUUCCUAGUUUCCAACAGACCUCACAACCUCUGAGGAUGCCUGUCAUAGAUGCAGGUGAAACGUCAGGAGAGAAUGCUUCUGGAACAUGGCCAUACAGCCUGGAAAACUCACAGCAACUCAGUGAUUCCAGCCACGAAAGCCUUUGACAAUACAUUGAACAUGGUAUGGAUUGGCUGGGCAUUCACAGAGUCCAUGGCAGCCAGUAUUUGUACUUUUCCGGCAGAUAUUGACCAUCGGAUCACACUGGAGGACCUAGAGAUUGCUAGAGCAAGGCUCUUUCUGGGAAUCUCUAAGUCUUCCAAUACAGCUGGAAGACCUAGAGAACAUUAAUCAAAUCCACAGAUAACACAGUCCAGCACAUAUUUUGGUGUCUCAAAUGUUAGACCUGUUUCUGGCUAUAUUUGACUUGCUGAUUCCAAAACCUAUAGUAGCCAAACUUACAAAUGUGGAGUGCCGAUUGUGCUCCACUUUGACCUCGACGGAGGAGAAGCAAGAUAGGUGUUUAAUGAUGUCGUUCAAUGAACAACUAAAUAUUUGACCAAAUAGCAACUGUGUUGUGAUCUGCUUUUAAACCCUUUGGGGGCUAAGGGGGAAAGCCAGUAUUAGAUGAGUGGGCAUCCACUCACAUAGAAAAGAUUCUCCGUUGUCCCAAAUCUACUCUGGAAAGUCCCACGGGUCUGUGGGGAAAACCUGAGGAGGGACACAGGGACUCUGGAGAUUAGAGAGAAUUGAACCCAGCCCCAUAGUGCCUGCUACAACCCCAGUGACUUUAUCCCUGUUUGUCUUCUCCUACCUGCAGUUGUUUUUCUUAGUUGUUUUGUUGUGUCGCGAUGUACGUAGUUGUGUACAUCAGUAACAUUGAAUUAAUUUGUUUGGGGGGGGGGGAGAACCAGAAGGUAGAAGGAAACUACCAUAUUUCUUCUAUUCUAAGACACCAUCGAUUGUAACGCACCCAGAAAUUUCAGUACCAUUGUGCAUUUGGCGAACCCAUAUAGCCUGAGGAUGAUGGUCCUCCAAGACUUGGCGGUGGGUCUAUAGGUGGUUGUGGAGCCCUAUUCUUGAACCGCAUGUUCUCCCACAGUGAGGACAUUGGUUUCCAGGUGGAAGGUGGUCCUGGUCAGGGUUGGCUUGACACAUCUUCCUCUUGGCACAUUUCUCCCUUUCACCCUCCAUAUGUGCCUCUGAAUUCUGCAGCACUGCUGGUCACAGCUGACCUCCAGUUAGAUCACUCAAGGGCCAAGGCUUUCCAGUUCUCAGUGUCUAUCUCACAGUUUUUAAGGUUGACUUUAAGCCCAUCUUUAAAUCUCUUUCCCUGUCCACCAGCAUUACAUUUCCCGUACUUGAGUUGGGAGUAUAGUAACUACUUUAGAAGAUGGUGAUCGGGCAUUCGGACAACAUGGCCAGUCCAACAGAGUUGAUAGUAGAGCAGCGUCACUCUAUUGCUGAUGGUCUUUACUCUUCCAGCACACUGACAUUUGUCUGCCUGUCUUCCCAAGAGAUUUGCAGGAUUUUUCAGAGGCAGCACUGAUCGAAUCAUUCCAGUAAUUGAGUGUGACAUCUGUAGACAGUUUCGCAGGCAUAGAGCAAGGCUGGGAGGACAAUAGCUUUAUAAACAAGUACCUUGAUAUCCCUACGGAUGUCCUGAUCCUCAAACACUCUUUGCUUCAUUCUGAAAAAUGCUGCACUUGCAGAGCUCAGGUGAUGUUGCAUUUCAGUGUCAAUGUUGACUUUUGUGGAGAAGUGGCUGCCAAGGGAGCAGAAAUUGUCAACAUUUUCUAAUGUUACACCAUUAAGCUGUAUUUCUGGCUUGCAGAGGG